CCACCCACUUUUUAUCGUUGUUACUGACAGCACUUCCCGCCAAUUCUAACGGCCGCCGGGAACAGGGCAGCCUCGCCCGUGCAAAAGAGCACCGGCCAAUAGCUCCGUGAAGGUACCCUGAGUGAUGGGAAUCGGCAUCCAAUUGCAGCGAAGAGGGCGGGGCCUGGCUCUCCGGGUUUCCUCUCCGGCUCGGUUUCCCCCCUCCCCCCCCGCGGGUUCUUCGCUGCGAAGAAAAUGGCGGCGGCGCCGAGCGGAGAUGAGGAGAGACUGGAAGAAAGAUCUGAGGACCAAGACUUACAGAGUCCCAAGGAUAAGUCGCCAAAAGCCAAAAAAUUCAAAAAGGAGCGGAAAGAGGAAAAGCAGCAUGAGCUUGCACAGCCUUCUGCAGAACCAGCUGAAGCAGGCAAGGCAGAGAUGUCGGAAGGAGCUGGGACUGCUCCAGCUGUACCUGAAGCCUCUGCAUCUCCAAAACAGCGCCGUUCUGUCAUCCGGGACCGUGGGCCGAUGUAUGAUGACCCCACCUUGCCAGAAGGCUGGACCCGCAAGCUUAAGCAGAGGAAGUCUGGUCGCUCAGCGGGGAAGUAUGACGUCUACCUUAUCAACCCCCAGGGCAAGGCCUUCCGCUCCAAAGUUGAGCUCAUUGCCUAUUUUCAAAAGGUGGGGGACACCUCUCUGGAUCCUAAUGAUUUCGAUUUCACGGUGACUGGACGUGGGAGUCCAUCGCGGCGAGAACAGAAGCCUCCGAAGAAACCCAAAAUCACUAAAACGGCUGGCACAGGUCGCGGGCGGGGCCGACCAAAGGGCAGUGGCUCUGCCAAGCCCCGAGGAGCUGCCUCAGAAGGUGUGCAAGUGAAGCGGGUGAUUGAGAAGAGUUCUGGAAAACUGCUGGUCAAGAUGCCUUUGCAGUCCUCUCCAGCAGGAGCCAAGGCAGAAGGCACUGGUGGGGCCACCACCUCCACACAGGUCAUGGUGAUCAAGCGUCCUGGGCGCAAGCGGAAAUCUGAAUCGGACCCCCAGGCUGUGCCUAAGAAACGGGGGCGUAAGCCAGGCAGUGGAGCAGCAGUGGUAGUUGCCGAAGCCAAAAAGAAAGCAGUCAAGGAGCCGGUUGUCCAGGCGGUCCGGGAGACAGUACUGCCCAUCAAGAAGCGCAAGACACGUGAGGCCGUUAGCAUAGAGAUAGCCAAGCCAAGCCCACCUCCUCCAAGCAACACGGGGGAGCGGAGCCCCAAGGGACAGCGAACGGCUGCCAAGAGCCCAGGGCGCCGCAGCAAGGAAAGCAGUCCUAAAGGGCGGGGUGGCAAUGCCGUACCAACCUCUGCCCCUUCCUCAUCCCCUGGCAAGAAGGAUCAGCACCAUCCUCCCCAUCAGCCGCCUUCGGAGGCCCAGGGCAGCUCCCCUUCUCAGUCCCCUGAAAGCCCCAAGGACAGCAGGAGCCUUCCAGCUGAGCCCCAGGACUUGAGCAGUAAGAGCUGCAAAGAGGAGAGGGCUCCGGAAAGUGAUGGCUGCCCAAAGGAGCCACCUAAGACUCAGCCCAGCGGCACAGCAGUGCCCUACAAACAUGAGCGCAAAGACACUGUGUCGUCCUCCGCGGCCUUGCCCCGGCCCACAAACAGGGACGAGGCCGUGGACACCAGGACACCUGUGUCAGAGCGGGUCAGCUGACUUUGAGGGGGGUGAAUGAGCAAGUGAGCGCCAGAGGAAACAAAGAGAGAGACAGGCACUCCCAGCCCCCCACACCCAGAUGAGACUCCAGGCAGCUGCUGGGCAGGACUCCCCUUUUCCCCAGAGUGUCCUGGCUUUCAACCAUUCAGCUUCUCCAAAACUCUGUUCCAAUCCUUCCCCCAUUUUCAAUACAGACAAGCACAGUGUGGGGUGCAGAGACAUGCCUCCCAGAGCUGGAAGCCACUUUGCACUUUUUCUACAGAAUGGGGGCACCCUCUUCUCUCCCCCCCACCCCCAUCAGCCCCUUCUGCCAUGCUUUGCUGCAUAUACUACUGACAAGGCAAGCUGUUUGGCAGGGGAGGGGCAGCUCCAAACUCUGGCCUGUCGCCCUGAUCCUGCUUGCCCUCCAUAUUACAGAGGCCUGGUGGACAGAUUGUGGGGAGGGUGGGCAUGUGUGUAUUCCACUCCACCUCCCUAGUGCCAUGUAAUGUAGUUGUCCAGUCUUAGUUGGAUUUUUGUAGUUUUCAGUAGGAUGUGUGUGUACACACAAGAGAGAAAGAGAUGGGACUGUGGCUUACUGGGGAACCAAUAUCCCCCAUUUGCCAAUUAAACCAGCAGAUAGGAAAGUUAUUCUCUCCCCCCGAGGACAGUUGUGCUGCUAAGAGACCACUGGGAUACUGGGGGCAACUUUGUAAGAAUGUCCUCCUUUCCUACGUCUAUCCCAAAAGGAGAGGCCUUUUGAUUUUGUUGAAGCAAUCUGAGUGUGCUGAAGCGUGUACGUGUGUGCGUGUGCUUGUCAUAUGCUAAGAGUUAAAAUGAGAUGUUCUUCCAGUUCUUGUCAAUGAUGUUAGUUUAGGGAACUGUUUGCACUAAUGGAGGCCUUUGCCCACCUUCUGUGAGGCAACGGCAUGAAAGAGUGUGCCUGUAUGUAUUGGAGUGGGACAUUUUGAUGGAAUUCCGGCUGACCUCUCCACCUUAGUUCUGGGGCAGGAAGGUAGCUGAAUGUUUAUAAAACUACCUGAUCUUCUGUGCUGGGAUUGAUAUGUGGCAGUGGCUUCAUUGAGAAGCCUAGUAUUUGUCAUUUACAAGGACUUCCUUAUGGCUGGCAACCAAGCUCUUCCAUGGCAGUUGAGCACACCUCACUCCCCAGGGAAAGAGAGCUCAGCAGAAGGGUAGUGUACUUUGGGGAGGGGACUUGGUUUCAAAUGGAUGUCUCCUUUGUUUUGUUUUUCUGUCUGCAGAAGAUAGAAGAGUAGGGGUAGGGGAGCAUUGACCACUUCAGUGUGCUAAUUUUUGUUUUUAACUGCAUAUGUAGUACAGACAGGAUCUGUGCCCACCUCCAUCCUAGGCAGUAGCAAAGUACCCCAAGAACAAGAUGGGGAGUAGGGGUCCAAGCCAGCAGUCUGGGCAGGAACUAGAAAGAGUUAUCUCUGAAAUUGUUGUCACUUUGUGGUGGUGCAAAAGAAUUAGAACAAGCCCCAUCUUGUUCUGCAGGUCUUUGAGGGCCAAAAUAGAUAUGAUUCUGGACCGUCAUGAUCAGAUUUUUA